AUUGUGGCAAUGUUGAAGUCAACUGUGUACCUCCUGGUGUUAGGUGUGACUGGUAUGGGGUUAGGGCUGAUCAUAGGUGAUGAAGGUCCUCCUGGAGCCAUCAGCAAGAAAUCUUCAGUUUAUUUCCCAGUCUUGCUUGAAGAUUUUAAGGACUUGGGCAUCAAAGCAGGAAGAAGCAGAGACGGAUUCGCUGCCGAAAGGAAGAAGAAGGUGGAUAUAUCAGUACCGACGACCACGAAGCCCACUACGACAACUGAUCGCUUGCCUCUCAACCCUCAUGGCUUCCUCAAUCACGUUGCUCUUGAGCCUGUGACGAAGCCGCCUGGGCCAUCUUACCUUACUGACUCCUACUACUACCUGAACGACCACACACCGCUGCCCGGGUCCAUGGAGACAGAUGACGACCUUUCCCACGACCGUGAGAGUGAGAAUGAGGAGCUGCAGAACCUGACGCCCUUUAGCUCUCGAUUCUUCGCCAAAGAGACGCCCACCGCCCACGCCCUGGCUGACCCCAAGCCCGCCCACGCCCUGGCUGAUCCCACGCCCACCCACGCCCUCGCUGACCCCACCCUCACCCACGUAGACGACCCCACGCCCACGCAACCGGAGAAAACCAUCAAACUAAGACCAGCUUACAUCCCUAUACCCACGCCCACGCCUCAAACCCGGGUACCAACGACAUCCCGCGCCCGCGAAAACUACACGCCCACACGCGGGCUGAUCCAAACCCGCGCCCGAGAGGUUUCCCGCGCGCCGGGUCGCGCCGCGCCGCGACCCGCCACCGGUAGACUCGUUUCCAGAAGACCCAAGUUCGAAUCUUCGCGUUUAGCCAAUAUUCCCUAUCAGACGACGACCGCUGCGCCCACGCCCACGCCCACGCCCGCCGCCAGGGGUUACGGUACGCGGGCACCCUUGGCCUCCGCCCCUGGACGCAAGGGCAGGACGCAAGAUGCACCUGUGUACCGCACCUCGACAAAGGCGUACCGUGCACCGUCAUCACUGUACCACGGGCGGGGUGCUGCUGUCACCACAGUCACGGCACCGUCACAGCCGGACUUUGUUCAGUCUGAUCGCAAUAUCUACGUCCCGGUAGAAUACGACGAAGAAGCUAUCCCAGGCGACGCUGGAGUAGAUUACCCCGUCUACGAGACAGUUCCUGUCACGUCCUUCGCUUGUCAAGACCAGGACCAUCCGGGACUGUACGCUGAUGUAGAGGCUCAGUGUCAGACGUUCCACAUCUGUCAAGAGGACGGGCGCCACGACUCCUUUCUCUGUCCCAAUGGAACGGUCUUCAACCAGCAGUACUUCGUGUGUGACUGGUGGUAUAACUUCUCCUGCGAUCAUGCUACGAGGUUCUACGGCCUGAAUGCGCUCAUCUACGAACUCCCAGACGCCAAUAAAUAUGCCAGAAAAUAACCCCCCAAACAAGUUACGGGAUCACCAUAGCCCGUGCUACUUUGGAACUUGUUCCGGAUAGCUGAAUAUAUAACAACAAUAACAGCCCCAAACAAAAGGAGUUCUUGAU